AUGCUAAGACAAGCGGCAUUGAAAAAUGUUACAGCAAAGCGCUGUUUCCAACAGUUUGCUAUGAAAUCAUCCACAGUUUCAGUAGCCACCCGUUAUUAUAGAUCCACUCCACGUUUCUACAGUUCUGCCUCUCAAGCGACUUCCGUCAGACCAGAACCAGCUCCAAGUUUCAAUGUUGACCCAGCUGAAAAUGCUACAUCUAAGCCAUCUAAACUAGCCAAGAAAAUACGCCAAGAACCUCAAAUGGACACUUCUUUCGUAGGUUUAUCUGGUGGACAAAUAUUUAAUGAAAUGAUGAAGAGACAAAAUGUAGACACUGUCUUUGGGUAUCCAGGUGGUGCUAUUUUACCUGUUUAUGAUGCUAUAUAUAAUAGUGAAGCUUUUAACUUCGUUCUUCCAAAACAUGAACAAGGUGCAGGUCAUAUGGCUGAAGGUUAUGCUAGAGCUUCAGGGAAGCCAGGUGUCGUUUUGGUGACUUCAGGUCCAGGUGCUACCAAUGUUGUCACUCCAAUGGCUGACGCUCUUGCAGAUGGGAUUCCAAUGGUUGUUUUCACUGGGCAAGUUCCAACUUCUGCCAUUGGUACUGAUGCAUUCCAAGAAGCUGACGUUGUGGGUAUCUCCAGAUCAUGUACUAAAUGGAACGUCAUGGUUAAAUCCGUUGCAGAAUUGCCAUUGCGUAUUAAUGAAGCCUUUGAAAUAGCGAUGAGUGGUAGACCAGGUCCGGUUCUUGUUGAUUUACCAAAGGAUGUCACAGCUGCCAUUUUAAGAGAACCAAUCCCAAUCAAAUCUACUUUACCAUCAGGAACUUUGACUCAAAUCAAGAGUAUUGCUCAAGAAGAUUUCUUAGCUGAUAGCAUUAACAGAGCCGCUGAUUUAAUCAAUUUGGCCAAGAAGCCUGUUCUUUACGUGGGUAAUGGUAUCUUCAACAAUGAAGACGGGCCAAGACUAUUGAAAGAAUUGAGUGAACGUGCUCAAAUUCCUGUCACUACCACCAUUCAAGGGUUGGGUGCCUUUGAUCAAGAGGAUCCAAAAUCAUUGGAUAUGCUAGGUAUGCAUGGCUGUGCUACUGCUAACUUGGCCAUGCAAAAUGCUGAUUUAAUUAUUGCCGUCGGUGCUAGGUUCGAUGAUCGUGUUACUGGUAAUAUUGCUAAAUUUGCACCUGAAGCUCGUCGUGCUGCUAAUGAAGGUAGAGGUGGUAUUAUUCAUUUUGAAAUUUCACCAAAGAAUAUAAAUAAGGUUGUCGAAGCUCAAGUUGCUGUUGAAGGUGACGCCGCCGCCAACAUUGACAAAAUGCUUCCAGCUAUCUUCCCAAUUAAGGAAAGAACUGAAUGGUUCAAAGAAAUCAACCAAUGGAAGAAAGAUUAUCCAUAUGAUUACAUGAAGGAAGUCCCAGGUGGAAAAUUAAAACCACAAACUGUUAUCUCUAAAUUAUCCAAGGUAGCUAAUGCUACUGGAAGACCUGUCAUUGUUACCACCGGUGUCGGUCAACAUCAAAUGUGGACUGCCCAACAUUGGACAUGGAAACAUCCACGUAGUUUCAUUACCUCUGGUGGGCUAGGUACCAUGGGGUACGGGUUACCAUCUGCUAUUGGUGCCCAGGUGGCUCAUCCAGAAGCAUUGGUUAUUGAUAUUGAUGGUGAUGCCUCAUUUAAUAUGACUUUGACCGAAUUGAGUUCGGCAGUGCAAGCAGGUACACCAGUGAAGAUUAUGAUUUUAAAUAAUGAAGAACAAGGUAUGGUUACCCAAUGGCAAUCCUUAUUCUAUGAAAACCGUUACUCUCACACACAUCAAUUGAACCCAGAUUUUAUGAAGCUGGCAGAUGCUAUGGGAUUGAAGGGUAUCAGAGUUAAGAAACAAGAAGAGUUAGAUGGUGCCUUGAAGGAAUUUGUUAGUACCCCAGGCCCUGUCUUAUUAGAAGUUGAAGUUGAAAAGAAGGUUCCAGUUUUGCCAAUGGUUCCAGCUGGUAAAGGUUUAGAUGAAUUCAUGAGUUACGAUCCAAAGGUGGAAAAGGAACAAAAUGAACUUCGUCAUAAACGUACAGGUGGUAAGCACUAA